AGGCUAUUUAAUUUUAAGUUAUCGGGAUAAUCAGCUAGCCCAUGCAACCCGUUGUAGAUUCUUUAAUCGACAAAAACUCCUUUUCCAUCCAAUUACCAGACAACUCGAUUCACCAUCGCAUUUUUGGGCUCUAACUUGCAUUCAAUAUUUCUCGCGCCAUUUUUUUCCCCAGUGAAUUCUUCUUGGAUUCCGUCUCUUUCUAUUUGAGCAAGCGUCCCUUAUUUCUGCUGAUUCAAAUUGGACUCUGUUGGACCGACUAGCGACUCGAUCUUGCGCCGAGUACAUAGUACUAAUUCAACGAUUUGACCGAUACAACCAUAAUAAACUUACGAGCAGCGCUACUCUCACGUGAUACUUCAUAUUGUAUAAUGCAUUUGACAACCAGCCCGUAUACUCGGAAGUAACAAACAUGAACGGGUUCGCGAACCGCGGGUAUGAUAGCUUUGACGGAGGCCCGCCACCGCUACGCCCUAGAGUUCCAUCAAAGAGUUCAGCACUAGUUGACUCCUAUCAGCAAGAUGGUCUUGAUGACUUUGAAAGAGAAAAACCGCGAUUCAACCCACCGAACCCGGAGCGCGUGCAGAGCUCAGUGCUAGUCGACCUGAAAGAUCCAGUCCAGGUACAUUUACUCACCGAGACCGCCUUACUCGACAGCAAAGAAUAUGAGAUAUUAUCUCCGGAGGAAGUAGACGAUCUUAAGAAACAAUGUCAAGUCUUAAAUCAGCGAAUCGAACAGACUAGGUCGAACCUUGCUAUCCAGUCCAAAUAUCGUGAUGCUGCUAUGUCAAUGUCCAAGUUGUAUUCCCCAACAAAAGUUGAUUCCAAGAGAAGGAGUCUCCUAGGUCAUCAACAUAGUGGAUCAACUGAUGCUGCGCGGGAGGCUGAACAUGAACUCAGUACGAUUCAGAAGAAAUGCGAGGACCUAGAAUCCGAACUAUGGGCAUUGGAGAAGCGCGUCAUGGAGCCCCAAAGGAGGCUGUUGGAACACACUGCUGGCAUUCUUCAGCUUACGCACAAAUCAAGCAACAGAACAAAUGCCAAGUCCCCAAGAGUUCCUCUUCUCAACGGCGUUCCCGCUAGUCCCGAGAGCAUGUAUACUACAUCGAAUGCCCGUGACAGCUUUAACAUGGACUUCUUGGAAGACGGCCUCAUCUUUGACGAAGCAAGUCUAUACCGAUCAUUUGACCUGUCCGAACGAGUCGAGGAUCGAACCCGGCAAAAUCCUAUUGAAAUUCCCCUGAAGUCACCGGUUCGGGGACAGAAUAAGCAGCUGACGGAAGAGACCGAGAGACUACGUGAAGAGAACCGAGCGCUUCAAGCACAAAUCGACGAGCUCAAAAGUCAGAGUUCAAACCCUUGGAGCUUGAUUUCCGGCACAGAAGAAAAACUGGAACAUAUCAAUUACCGGCUACGUGAAAUUGUUAUAAGCGCAGAUCCAACAAAGAACAGCACUUACGGAGCUAUUCCAACAGGCCAGCUUGAACCUGGUGAAAUGAUCGGUAGCCAUCUGGAUUACCUCGAAAACGGUUUGAUCGCCAUUGCUGGAAGCCAAGGUAAUAGCUUUGAAUUGGCAGAGAAGAUACGGACACUCAACGCCGAAAUUCAAAAUAUACUCCUGGGAGCUAAUGCGGAUCAUCCGCCACCACCGGAUGCUGAACUGGGUGUCGAUGAGCAGCUUAAGUAUUUGAGGGACUCGUUACCACCUAUCGAGAACGAGCUGCGCCGAGCUGCGGAUGCAGCCAAUGCAAACUCUGCUACCAAAGGCGAGGGCGAACAGUAUGAAACAGUUCUCACGGGACUAUGGAACACUAUCCAAUCAGGAUAUGCCGAUUUACGAAAACGGAAACAGGAACGGCGAAAAACUCGCAUGGAAAAAGGUUUGGAACCAGAUGAGGAUGAUAUGUCUGACGGCGAAUCUUUCGACUUUGACGAACAAUACUCACUGUCAGCUUUCUCGAUUAAGAUUCAGUGGCUAUACCGGCAGGCUACAAAAUUACAAGAGCAAAAGGGUGUUCUGAAACGUCAAAUCAAACAGCAGCGCGAACUCAACAGCAGAUCUGACUCGGAAAAAGACCAAGCGAUAAGGGACAAGAUUGAGGAAUUGGAGGAGGCCAAAGAAUUACUUCACCAAGCAAAGAAGGAAACAGACAAUGUCCGAUCGCAGCUCUCACAAGCCUUGCAGGACCUUGAAGAGUUGCAGAACAGCCGAGAAGAAGAAUCCACCGUUAUGGAUGAGGCACGAGAACAACUCAGGGAACGAAAUGCUAAAAUUGCGUCUCUAGAAGCAAAUUCCAGAGAAGUUCAGACGCGCCUAGCAACGGCGGAGGCCAAUGUUGCAGCUAUCACUGCGCAGUUACAGGAAGCCAUUAAUGCUAAGGAUGCUGCCGAUAAGAUUGUUGGUGAGAAAGAGAAGGAGCUUAAGACCAAAGAAGAGGAGCUUGAACAAAUGACGGGCAUGGUUGCUGAGCUUAAGAUGGAAGCCACUCUUGCCAAGGCCGAACUCGACGGCGCCUAUGGUUCUAGAAAAGAGAGGGCUGCAGAGGUUGCAGCUCUACACAACAGUUCGGAAUCUACCAAGAUGCAGAAUAGACUUGACAUGCUAGAGAAGGAGCUGAAAGCCACUGCCCAAGACUUGACCGAUGUUGUCAAGCAAUCGCUUGAGAGCGAGAAGAAGAUCGGGGAACUCGAAGAGGAGCUUGACCGAGUGAGAGCGGAACGUGCCAAGAUUAAGGAUGAGAAGGAUAUGAUGAACGACGAGCUCGAGAAACGACUCCAUGAAGCGACCACCGAGAUCGAAGAGAGACUGGAACGCGAGAUCACGAGACUACGCAAGGACAAAGAACAAUUACAAGAGGAGCUCGAUAAGGAACGAUUAGGAUCGGCGCGUUUAGGCCCACUAUCGCCUGGUGCUAUGAAGACUUCGUACUUGACCGACUCGUACAGGUCUGGACUGAGAGCCGAGAGGAAGAAGUACGAAGAGCAAUUAAGGGCGGAACAAAUGGUACGGAGGAAGCUCGAAGACGAACUAAGAGCGUUGAAGAGGGCACAAGGACCCGGCAAAAGCCCACUCAGCCCUCGAAUAGAUCGAUAACCAGUCUCACAUUUCAUUUCUGCUGUCGAAUAUUAUACCCUCAUGUAUCCUUUUGGUUGUCGAAUGCCUUUGGUCAUUAAGGGCAUAAUUUUGUGUUUUUUUUAUUCUUGUGUAAAAGUGGUCGACGGUUUAGCCAUUCAUCUACUAGAUACUUUGCAUUGGGCAGGCGAUUCAGGGAACUCUUGGAUUAUUACUUUAUGUAUUAUUUUACUUGGCUUGGAUCCGCAGCCUGGCUAUUUGACUUUGGAAGUUCGUCUUGAGCGAGCGAGUUGAGUUGUUUGAAUUCGAAAAUGAGAAUGAGAACACGAUUUUUAUCACAAGUAUACCUUAGGUUAGGUACCUUAGGU